AUGAAACAUCCUCAUGUAGACGAGAAGGAAACACUCACUUCUCUUGCUGUUGUUAGGGAUCUCCUGGUGAGAGGGGAGGGGCUGGAACAGCUGGACCUGUUGGACCUCCAGGUCGACCUGGACCUCAAGGACCUCCUGGAUCUUCUGGAGAGAAGGGCGUUCCUGGGGAGAAAGGACCUAUCGGCCCAGCUGGACGGGAUGGGGUUCAGGGCCCUGUGGGACUGCCUGGUCCUGCCGGAUCUCCUGGGAUACCAGGAGAGGAUGGAGACAAGGCAAGGCAUUGUUCUCAAAUACAAACCGGCACGAAAAUGA